AUGCUCGAAAAGGAAGUUCUGUAUCUGACGGGUUUGAUUGAGCACAAUAUCAUCAACUCUGAUAAUGUAGUACAGCUAUCGAAUGAUUACUUUCGCUGUCAGCGACGACUUCAGAGAAAGGUCGUGGGUGACUUUGGCUGGUCGAAAUUCCUUAAAAAGAGAGAAGGGAAGAAUAUGUAUCAGAGUAAUCUCAAAUUGCAGUCUACGUUCGAAAAAGUGUUGCGGGAUAUCCGUGUCGAACAGACAGGGGAGAAGAAGGAUGAUUCGUUUGAAAGUGUGGGGAGGGUUGUGCGGCUUGUCGACCGUACCUGCAUCUUGAUGAAAAAAUAUGUGAACGUCUAUGGUCAAGGGCAAAAAGAGAAUCUCGUCUUUAAGAUUGGACAAUGGAGAAAUGGGGGAAGAAGUCCAGUUGACUAUUAUAAUCUGUUGUGCAGCAUUCUCUCGGAACUGAAGACGCGAGCUGGUGAUAUUGGGGGUUCUCAACUGCCGGCAACUGUGCAUAAGUUUCUGGCCAAGGACUCGGACACUAUGUCAUGUAACGAUUCGUGGACAGAUGACGCAUUCGCUAAUGGGAAGAUUCCUGGUUGGGAGACAUGGCUUGCGGAUCGAUUUACUGGGGAAGAGGGAGCGAGUGUUUUGAAUAUUCGUUGGCGAAGGUAA